AUGAACUAUAUCCGACAUUUGGACCUACUGUCGCCCGACAUAUUGCCUGGACAGCAGAGUAUCCAGGGCAUCCACCUAGAUGCUGAAGGCUGGGUGUCUCUGAACCUGCUAUACAAUUUGGCCCAGCUCCACUUGAUCAACGUAACUCCUGACUUCGUUCGCUCUGCCGUAUUAGAAAUAAGUACCAGGUUUCAGCUAUCUACUGACGGGCAUAAAAUCCGAUGGCGAGGCGGAUCUAAAGAUACCACGUUCAGUAGCCACAUCUCUAUCUACGAUUCGCAAGAAAGUCCUCCGGUCAAUAAUAUCGAUGGUUCGGAAAAGACACGUGAACAUCAGAAGACGAGCCCGUUCAUUAACAAUGAAUCCCAAUCCGGAGGCUUAAAUAAGAAUGUGUCUGCAUUUGAUCCGCAGUUUUACGCUCGAGUUGAAAGUUUCCGUUACAAGCCACUGUUUAUUCGGGAGGGAUCAUCAGAUGCAAACACUUCACAGGAUGCGUCGGUUUGCUCGCCUAUAGCCGUGGACGACGAUAAUCCUGGCGAGUCAGACUUAGACUUGAAUUACUCUGGAGGGUCGGCUGGCAAAUUGCAACGCCGCGAAGGUGCUAUCACAUACUACAGCGACGUACCUUUCUGCACAGAUUUAUCGGGUGAUCCAGUUGAUGUAUCACCAACCAUUCGCGCGCCCUUGAGCAGCCAAAACCGGCAGGAUUCUCAGCAGUUAUUAGACUUGGUUCAUUCCUAUCGACGAACAACAUCUGGGUCCUCCAUCAGCUAUAGGCCAUUGACAGAUCGAGGCCAGGGUCUACGUCAGCUGACUUCUUCCACGCAUGAGGGUGAUCAUAGAGACCCGGGUCUGAUAAACAAUGACUGUGAACAAGCCAGCGACAUCGAGCUGGAUUUGAUUUGGAACGACGAUGAGCAGCAGUACGUGUCACAACAGCAGCCUUUAGAACCCUGCGGACUUGGCGGCGUUCUCCCCGAUGAUCACUUUAUCGUAGUUGUCGAUACAAAGCGGCCCAAAGAUAUCCUCCCACAGGCUUCCAAGCCUCAGACUAGGAGACCCAACGAAAGCAUAGAAGGGACCAUUGAUCAAAGGGCGGCGACGUUAGCCUCAUUUCCUAUCCCUGGCGGUUCAGAAACGAAAGUAACCGAGCAAUCACCGCCUAUCAAGAUUGAGUAUCUGUCGGGGCGUAUCAAGAGCUUAACGCCAGUCCCACUGCCAGCACCUGCUAUGUUCUUUCCGCCGUUUAGCGUUGAUAAUUCCACGUCUGGCGAAUAUGACGAGCUGUCUAUAGAUAUAGAUAACAUCGGAUCGUCAGAAGAGGAUAUGAGCUAA